CCUUAAUGUGAUGUAAUGUGCAUUCAGUUCUGGUUGUUGACAAUCUCUGCAGUAGGCGACAUGCUAGUAAGGCCAAUAACCCAAGUAAGCAUGGCUAUCCUGUAGUUAGUGUCAACCAUUAUUAAUACUUAGACUCAGCUAGCUCAAAAGCUUGAGUGCUACAGGGGUGUGUUUGCCUGGACUUAACCUCGAUGUAACAUAUUGUUGCAAGCUAGCCCAGAAGAAUGGAGGCAGACACAGAGAUCUCAGGUUGAAAGGCAAACAUCCCAUACACUGCACAAUCGUGGUAGGGACAUGUAUUAAUAUGACUCUCAUACCCCAUACACUGCAGGACCUGAGGACGCCAAAGAACCUCACACAGAGGGCAGGCAAUACAGGCGAUCUUAUACUCCGCCUUUUGGCUAAGACAGUUAAAUUGGGCACAUAGGUGUUGCGGACACAGAUUUUAUCGACAAACCCUAAGUGUCAAUAGAACAUGCCCCAAGGAUGAAUCUCACUGUAUGAAUGGUGUGUUUACCUUUUUAAAAGUUAUUCGUUCACACCCAUCUCUCUUUUGUUUGGCUGACCCUUCUGGCCAAUUAGGUCUUACCCUGGUAUCUGACUUUCACUCAAUCAGAGCGUGUUGAAUAGCGCACAAUAGCGCAUUGAAAAAAAGAUGACAGUAAUGCACACCAACUGUGGACACAAACGGAAAACCAUGAUGCGCACCAGAACAGAACAUUAGGCACAGAACUAAACAUUACUCACAUUCACAUAUACAUUUUGGGACGAACUACACAAGUCCAGGAAACGCUGCAACCCCCUUGCACACUACUAUACAAAUAACAACCGAUGUUGACAGAGACACUAAUGGUAGCUUAGUUAUCUUUCAAUCAUGUAAAUAUUUUCUUGCUACAUGUAUCCUUCAGCUUUCCCCACCUUGGCCAAACUUUUUGUUUACUUCUGCAAAGGUAGAGGAGGUACGGGUGUACAAACGCAAUAAUCUGCUCCUAAUCUGCUUGGGGUGAGGAGUAUAAAAUAAUUUAGCUCACUAGCCCACAGCUAGUCAGGCUUACAUAUAGCCUUUAAAAAUAAAAAUAAAAAUAAAACAGCAACAAUGUUCUUAGCACCACCAUCUGCAGUAUUCAUUACAGUUCAAGUCAAUUGUAUUUAUAUAGCGACAAUAACUGAAUCUGAAACAAUUGAAACUGUCUUUAGGCGCUUUACAGAGCCCAGAGCUUGACCCCUUGAAGGAAGAUCUCCCUUUCAACAGGGAGAUAUCAUGAGCAGAACCUCAUCUCAGAGGGGGAACCCAUCUGGUUUGGGCCAGCCAGGUACUGUAGCAUCCUCAUUAUCAUUGCUAUUCGUAUUCUUGUGGUUAGAAGGAAAGGUAUAUAAGACAACACCAUUACACCAACAUAAAUCUCCCAACUGAAGCCACUUGACCCAACAGAUGGCGUUAUUUCCAAAGCACUUCGAAUUCGACCAAAGGAGAGCAAUGGAGAGAGUAACACUAAACACACAUCUAAAAUUCAGUCGUGGCCUGCGAUAAAGGGCACUUAACCGAUCAAGUAUGUUAUAAUGACACUGUUUACAAAACUACCGUCUUAUGCCAUAAAUUAAUCUUCCAUUCACAGCGCUGAAUUAUAUGUUAUUGAGUAGCUUAUAGGAAAACAUAGAAAAAACUGUGUAUCUUUUGAUUUGAUUCAAUAUUCAUUCUUAGUGUCACUAUGGCGAAAAAUGUCUGGCAUAAACAAUUGUUUGGACGGAAGACAUUGCUUUUCAUGACGGAUGGCUACAUACUUGGCCUACUUUUAAUUAAUGUAGUGUUCUUUAACUUACACUAGCAACAUCUGGAGAAAGUGACCUACCGUUGUUGUGGUUUCUCUAUGCUAUGCCACUAAUUGGAAUAAGAAAUGCGAAAUGUCAUUCAUGGUAACAUGCUAUCCAACAGUCGCAGCACUUAACGUGGCUUCCUCAGUACUGUGUGUAGUCAUCCAUACAAAUUAGAGGUGGAAGCCACGCACGGCUUGACGUAGUAAGAGACCGGCUGCGGUGCCGCUCCGUCUCCAACGCACGUACCGCGCUACGUGCCUGAUGCAUCCAGAGGCAGGGAGUGAGACACUAUGAAAGAGAGAGAGAGAGAGAGAGAGAGAGAGAGAGCGAGAGCGCUUCGUCCUGGUAGCCAGAAAAGACAGACCUUGUCCCUCUUCCACCCCUUCGCUGAAGAAGCCGGUGGAAAUCAUCAUUAAAUCAGGUGCAUGCGCAUUCCUCUGGCUUGGCCGUCCUCGUCAUCCUCCGCGUUGGCAGAGAUAAUUUGCGCGCGGUCUCGGGAUGCGGUGGCAAUGUAGCUGUGCUCAUACCGGCGCCUGAAUCUGCCUCACGCAACUUCCAAGACUUGCUUCGUUAACCGGGUGGUUAGACAAACAGACGACAUACCGAGGGGCGGAGAGCAACGCUUCAUGCAUGACAGUUCAUGGAUUCUUCAGACACACCGGGAUUAAGCCAUGACAGCUGUUAGAACCAGCGGGAAGCCAUGUCCGUGGAGAUCGCAGUCAAGACACAAUCAAGUCCACACGCCUGAUACUCGGGGAGACCUCAGGGGUCACCGUCACCGCGCCUGAGCCGAGCGCGUCCCCUCCUCUGGCGGCUACAUAUACGUGGGAACCCGUGGACACCAGACUACACAUAGGCUAGUAUGGUUUGGGCAUCACCUCUUUCUGUUUGCUCAGGUGAAGAUGUCGGCGUGCCCUUAUAGGGUUACAGAUUAAUACGACUGCACUUUAUUUAUUCUUUCCAAGCGACGAGGUUGAAAGAACAUCGUUUGACAAUUAGUCACACCUUUCUCUAGAAGAACUAAUACAUCAACGUCUGUCGGUGUGAUCCAUGCACGCCGGCGAUCUAAUUCUCCGAACCUCUCCGGUUCCCUGUAGGACUUCUGGCGUUUGAGCUGGAUAUGUUGACAUUAACGUAAGCAUGGAUGGAAUGAUCAGUCUGUUGGGGCUCCUCUCGCUCGGUCUGGAAGGCAUUUACUGCCAAGGAGUGUACGCGCCCCCUACUGUGCGGAUCGUGCACUCAGGCCAUGCCUGCAACGUGGAGGAGGAGCGCUACUCGGAGCGAGUCUACACCAUCAGGGAGGGAGAGACCCUGGAGCUCACCUGCCUGGUCACUGGACACCCUAGGCCUCAGCAGAUCCGGUGGACGAAGACGGCGGGUAGCGUUUCGGACCGUUUCCAGGACUCCAGCGUGUUCAACGAGACGCUGCACAUCACCAAGAUCCAGCGCCACCAAGGGGGGCGCUACUACUGCAAGGCCGAGAACGGGCUGGCCUCGCCGGCCAUCAAGUCCAUCCGGGUGGACGUCUACUACCUGGACCCCCCGGUGGUGACGGUGCACCAGAGCAUCGGCGAGGCCAAGGAGCAGUUCUACUAUGAGCGGACGGUGUUCCUGCGCUGCGUGGCCAACUCCAACCCGCCCGUCCGCUACAGCUGGCACCGGGGUCGCGAGGUGCUCUCCCAGGGCUCCGACAAGGGUGUGGAGAUCUACGAGCCCUUCUUCACACAGCAGGGGGAGACUAAGAUUCUGAAGCUGAAGAACCUGCGGCCCAAAGACUACGCCAACUACAGCUGCGUGGCCUCCGUCAGGAACGUCUGCGGCAUCCCCGACACCAACAUCAUCUUCCAGCUCACCAACAAGACCGCUUCUCCCUCCAUCAAGCUCCUGGUGGAGGAUCCUAUCGUAGUGAACCCUGGCCAGAUGGUGGCGCUGGUGUGCAUCACCACGGCGGGCGAGCCUCACCCUACGCUCAACUGGACGACUGGAGGGGGUGGGGCUCUGCCGGAGAGGAGCCAGGUGAAGGAUGGCACGCUCACACUGCGCGAAAUCUCCUCGGAUGAGGCCGGCGUCUACAGCUGCGUGGCCAGUAACAACGUGGGCAACCCGGCCAAGAAGUCGACUACCAUCAUCGUCAGAGCGCUAAAGAAAGGUCGUUUCUGGAUCACACCAGACCCGUACCACAACGACGACAACAUCCAGAUCGGCCGCGAGGUGAAGAUCUCGUGCCAGGUGGAGGCCACGCCCUCCGAGGAGCUGGUGUUCGGUUGGCUGAAGAAUGGGCGCACGCUGCGCAGCUCCGAGAGAAUGGUCAUCACGCAGACAGACCCGGACAUCUCGCCCGGAACCACCAACCUGGACAUCAUCGACCUCAAGUUCACUGACUUCGGCACGUACACGUGCGUGGCCUCGCUGAAGCACGGCGGAAUCCCCGAGAUCAGCAUCGAUGUCAACAUCUCCUCCACCACUGUUCCUCCCCUUUUCUUCUCCUUCUUAGUUCCCCCGAGCCUGACGGUUCCGCGGGGCAAGUCGCCCCUGGUGGCGCGCGAGGGUGAGACUGUGGAACUGGAGUGUGUGGUUACAGGCAAGCCCAAGCCCAUCCUGCUGUGGACGCGCGCGGACCGCGAGGCGCCCAUGCCCGACGGCAGUGCCCAGAUGGAGAGCUACGACGGCGUGCUGCGCAUCGUCAAUGUCUCGCGCGAGAUGAGCGGACAGUACCGCUGCCAGACCAGCCAGUACAACGGCUUCAACGUCAAGCCCCGCGAGGCUGUCGUCGAACUCAUCGUGCAGUACCCUCCCACAGUGGAACCAGCAAAUAUGGAGAUCCGGCAGGGCUUGGGCCGUUCCGUGUCCAUGAGCUGUCGGGUUCUGCGGGCGCACCCGUCGCGGGUUCUGCGCUAUGAGUGGCGUCUGGGUUCUAAGCAGCUGCAGUCGGGCCAUUUCGACACGCGGGACGAGACCGAGUACUCCAUCCACACUCUGGCACGCGAAAACUACGGAGAGUACGUCUGCGAGAUCACCAAUGAGGCUGGAGCCGGGAGAUGUGUCUUCAACGUCACCGGGAGGGCCCACGGUCCGGAGUUCUACUACGACACGUAUAGUCCCAUCUGGCAGAACCGGCCGCGGGUCUACGGCUUCAAGCUCCAGUGGACCCAGAUGAACCCGGACACCGUCGACCGCAUCGUGGCCUACCGGCUUGGCAUCCGCCAGACAGGGCAGCAGCGCUGGUGGGAGCAGGAGAUCCCCGUGGAGGCCCCCAUGAGAAAGGGGGAGCUCAUCACCUACAACCUGACGGAGCUCAUCCGCCCCGAGGCCUACGAGGUGCGCCUCACCCCCAUCACACGCUUUGGGGAGGGAGACGCCGCCGUACGCAUCGUCACCUACAGCGCGCCCAUAAAUCCACAUUUACGCGAGUUCCACUGCAGCUUCGAGGAGGAGCCCAUCUGCAUGUUCACCCAAGAAAAGAAUGACGACUUCGACUGGACGCGACACAGUGCUGCCACGCGCGACACCAAGUACACGCCCAAUACGGGCCCCAGCGGGGACAGAACCGGCUCCAAACAGGGUUUCUACAUGUACAUUGAGACGUCUAGGCCUCGUAAGCAGGGGGACAAGGCCCGACUGGUCAGCCCCAUCUUCAAUGUGGCCCCCAAGAACCCCUACAGUCUCACCAACCCCCCUGCAUACUGCUUCAGUUUCUACUACCACAUGUAUGGCAAGCACAUUGGAACUCUGAAUGCGUUCCUCAAACAGAAAGGCCAGUCGGCAUCAGCAGAGAGCCCUGUGUGGACUCUCAACGGUAACCAGGGCGACCGCUGGAGGCAGGCCAAAGUCAGCAUCCACCCAACAGCAUCCUUCCAGGUGGCGAUUGAGGGCGUCCGAGGUCCAGGGAUCGAAGGAGACAUUGCCAUCGACGACGUGGUCCUAGAGGAGGGGGAGUGCCCCAACAUUCCACCCAAUCCUGAAGAGUCCAAGGCUCCUCCCAAGGAAAUCCAUAUAUGGCUCCUGCUGGUCACCGUGGUGAUGACCUUGCUGAGGGGUCAAAGGUGACCCUCCCCUGAAGUGAGGCAGAGGAACGCCUCAGUGAGCGGAGCCCGUGUGCGUCUGGACCCUCUUUCUUUAGUCACCAAAGAUGAAUGCUUUUGGAUAUUACCAGAGAGGGACACAGCACAGACUCCACACCACUCAAACGAAACUCACAAAAGGGAAAUAUCAGCAUAGAAAGUAAUAAAGAUUUGCUAUUGUUCUUUUUUCUUUUUUUUUUAACUAACAUUUUCAGUCAGACGCUCCUUUGGGCAGAGAGGGAAGGACCUCUGUCUGUACAUUCAGUCGUACUCAAGUACUGCAAAAGCACAAGGCCUUGGUUACUGACAACUGUAUGCCAAUGGACAGAAAAAAAGGAACUGACAAUAAGGAAACAAGGCGGCUACUGAAGACAUGCUUUUUUUGAUGCAAUUCCCUGGAUGCCCUCCUUGAAAAAAACACAAAAUCAAAGCUCUUCAUCUCAUAGUCCCAUUCCUCCCACCUCCUGCGCUGAUCCCCAGCAGCAUGUCGUCACCAGCUCCUCUAUCACACCCCCGUGUCCCAUUCCCCGAUGCUCCUUAUUUUUAGCCUGCUGAAACCAGAGAGAGGGAGACAAAAGAACACAUCAUCAAACUGCUCCUUAAUAUGACAUCAGCUUCAGUCUGUUUCCCAUCGACCAGCUGCCUAGUCUUCUGGCUGGGCUAGCCUAGGCUGGGUGAGAUUGGGAGAGCGAGAGCUGCCUGAGAAGCAGACAGAGGCAGGGAGAACUGAGAGAGAGAAGAAGAGCGAGAGAGAGAGCGAGAGCAAGAGAGAGAGAGAGAUGAAGAGAAAAGCCCAGCUCCUCCUCUCCCAUCUCAAUUCUCCAAAUCAGUACUGGAUUCGAAGCCACUUUCUGCCGUAAAAACAAAGUGCCUUCAGAUUAAGAACACAACAGAAUAAACAACCCCCUGUGAGCCUGGUCAGGAGCACAACACAAACACCAUACAUGCUGUCUGACAUGGGCUAUUUUCUACUCAUUUAUUUUGCCCCCCCCC